GCACGGACUGAGUUAACUCGUUUUCCACAAAUUGGAGACCGAGUCCCAGCAGAAACCCUAGCUUUCUUUUGUACAUUUACCUGACUGCAAGAAAUUCCACCUUCCUGAAGUCGCCAUUCCUGAAGUCGAUGGACACUCCGGGAAGAGGCAGUUCGGUUACUAAGAGGUCGUUGAGGAAGAAAGCUGCUUCCCGGAGUUAUGACGAGGAUUUGGUGGAUGAGGCCAUUGAGAAGCAUCUGGGUGGAAGGUUCAAGAAAAGGAGCCGAACGAAGGAGGCUAUGGAGAAAGAGACCGAGAAGGAGGCAAUGAUAGCUAUAUCUUUGGGGUUCCCAAUUGAUGCAUUGCUCGAGGAAGAGAUUCAGGCUGGGGUAGUGAGCCAGUUGGGUGGCAAAGAACAGAAUGAUUAUAUAGUCGUGAGGAACCAUAUUCUCACUAGAUGGAGGAGUAAUGUGCGGAGUUGGCUUUCUAAAGGGCAGAUAAGGGAAACCGUGAGCAAUGAGUAUGAGCAGUUGCUAUCUUCUGCAUACGACUUCCUUUUGUAUAAUGGGUAUAUAAAUUUUGGGAUUUUAUCUGCUACGUCGUCUCCGGUUCUUGAACCGGCGAAUGAAUCUUCUGUUAUAAUUGUUGGUGCUGGACUUGCUGGGCUAGCAGCUGCAAGACAGUUAAUGUCAUUUGGGUUCAAAGUUGUUGUUCUUGAAGGUAGGAACCGUCCAGGGGGGAGAGUGUAUACUCAAAAGAUUGGCAGAGAUGGCGAAUUUGCUGUUGCUGAUAUCGGUGGAAGUGUUAUUACUGGUAUGCAUGCUAACCCUCUUGGAGUUCUGGCAAGACAACUUUCUGUUCCACUUCAUAAGGUUCGGGAUAACUGUCCUCUGUACAAACCGAAUGGGGAACCAGUUGAUAAGCAGAUGGAUUCUGAUAUCGAGUUUACCUUCAACAAGUUGCUCGACAAAGUCAUGGAAUUGAGACAAGUCAUUGGUGGAUUUGGGAAUGAUGUUCCUUUGGGUUUGGUUUUGGAGAGACUUAAACAGCUUUAUGGAGUGGCUAGAACUACCGAGGAGAGGCAGCUGCUUGACUGGCAUCUUGCUAACCUAGAAUAUGCAAAUGCUGGAUGUCUUUCGGAUCUUUCAGCUACGUAUUGGGAUCAGGACGAUCCAUUUGAAAUGGGUGGGGACCACUGUUUUCUUGCUGGAGGAAAUUGGAGAUUGAUCAAAGCAUUGUGCCAGGGUGUUCCCAUAUUCUAUGGGAAAACAGUCGAUGCCAUCAAGUACAAUGAGGAUGGUGUCUCAGUGCUUGUUGGUGAACAAAAGUUUGAAGCAGAUAUGGUACUGUGCACCGUGCCUCUUGGAGUCUUGAAGAGAAAAGCCAUAGAAUUUUAUCCCGAGUUACCUGCAAGGAAGCUGGCAGCAAUUGAGAGGCUGGGAUUUGGGCUGCUCAAUAAAGUAGCCAUGCUGUUUCCUCGAGUGUUUUGGGGAGAGGAGCUGGAUACGUUUGGGUGUUUGAAUGACCACAGCAACAGCCGCGGUGAAUUCUUUUUGUUCUAUGGCAACCAUGCUGUUUCUGGAGGUGCAGUACUCAUUGCUCUGGUGGCUGGUGAAGCUGCACAAGCGUUUGAAUGUACUGAACCAUCAACUUUGCUCCAUCGUGUUCUUGACAAACUCAGAGGUAUAUACAAUCCCAAAGGCAUUGAAGUUCCCAACCCGAUACAAUCAAUAUGCACAAGAUGGGGCAGUGAUCCCCUAAGUUAUGGUUCAUACUCUCAUGUUAGGGUGCAAUCUUCCGGCUUUGAUUACGAUGUCCUAGGAGAGAGUGUAGGCAAUCGGCUUUUCUUUGCUGGUGAGGCCACAACCAGGCAAUAUCCUGCAACAAUGCAUGGUGCCUAUAUAAGUGGCUUAAGAGAAGCUUCUCGGAUCCUGAAAGCGAGUAGAGCCGAGGAUAAUGAUAAUUCAAGGAAGUCUGUGAUGCCGAGGAGUCUAUUAUUGAAAACCAGUGAUUCAUUGGUGGAUCUGUUCAAGAGACCCGAGCUUUCAAUUGGGAAUUUCUCCUUUGUGUUCAAUCCUUUGGAACAGGACCUGAAAUCAGUGGGGAUUAUGAGGGUCACUUUUGAUACUUGUGAUGAGGAUUUGAAGGAGGAGCUGGAGAAUAGUUUAAGGUGUCCUGUGAAUAUACCGUUGCAGCUUUACACAAUGAUAUCUCGUCAACAGGUCGUCGAUGCUCAACUGGUCAAUGAUGGUGGAGAUAAGCCUACCUGGUCCUAUUUGACUAAAACCUUAGAGCUGAAGCUAAUGGGUUCUGCAGCCUUUGUAAGCACAGCUCAUUCGUUGAUUUCCAGCAUUGCUAAUCCGCGAAAGGGCAAGGUCAGGGGCAGGCCAAGGAAGAUUGCUCCCCAGCAACUGUAGUGUGUCAGGUGAUAUUUACGUAUGUCUUUCAAUCCACAUCAACUGUAGUCUGUAAAUACUAAUACCCGGUAGUUCAUUCAUCGAAGUUGACAGGCUCAUUGACCAUCAUUGAACCAUAUAGUAAAUGUAAAGGAAGAAGUGUUGAUAUAAUAUUCCUUUAGUACAUGCUGUAAUCGGAGUUAAAACCAUGUAUCGGUGUGAUUUGUAAGACGAGCAUGCUUCUCGAAUUCCCAUGGGGUGAAAGGACUUCUCACUUCUCUGC